GUACAUUCCGCCCGAGUUCAAGAUGCCGCGUGUGCGUGCGCUGGUUGACUCGCAGACCGACGUGGCGUACGAUGACGAUGACGAGGAGUAUGGAGAUGAGGACGACGAGGUCGGCGACUACGGCCACCACCCAGUGGACCGGUACAGCGAGCAAACGCUGGCCUACAACUAAAAUUAGGGCCGGUUUUUGUUGUAGCAGCCUGAGAAUGCGGAGACGAAGAUGCAUUCUUGGCUGAUAUUCCUGUAUAUCCGCGGCUAUUUCUUGAGCUGGCAAAUGGCUGGUGGUCCUAUGUGUCCCCGCACUAUGCAGUUCCGACAAAUGUGGAGAGGCGAGCAUCUCUUCUUUUUUGUCUCCAGAGUGCAGAAAAUAAACAUUCACUUUCCUCUCGCCUGGGACCUGCGUGCUGUGGGAGGGAUAUCCCUCUGGCUUGCAGCAUACAAAAGGCGGGAUGUCUGGAGUCGCUACUAUUGCUGGCCUCUGCUGCUGAAAAGUACAUUCCACUGCCUCUCUUACAUCUUGCACUCACAUACAUUUAUAUCGUAUCACCAUAUGCUUUUAAAAUCGCUCUACGCACUCGUAGUGCCAGCGGUGCUUGCCUUUGACGUCAACCUGGUGUGGGACGUUCCUGACAACGCGCUAGACCUCACGCAGGCGUCCGCACACGUAGCACUGAACUCAUCGUCGUCGCCAAUCGGUACUGAGUGGAUUGGCGUCGGGUGGGACUCUGGCGCCAUCUCCCUGCAAAAGCUGCGCGACAAUUCGCUCGCAGUGAUUCUGCAGGUGCGCACACCGACAAACGAGAGCACUGUGCGUGCAGGGCGGGUCACCGAAUACGCAACUGCACACUACAUUGACAAGGAGGACAAGCAGGCGCGCCAGGGCAUGUACUUGAUGUCCAAGGUCGACCACGACGACAGCAUGCAGGCCGGGUACUCGCUCAAAGUUGUUGCACACUACAACAUGGUGUCUAACAACACCAUCUACCAGGGCCUGUGGAGCGACGGCGAUAUCUGGACCUACAUGGGAUCGAUAAUCCUGCAGCACCCGAGCAAGGGAAGUAUCAAGGACGAGGUCUCCAAGGCGCUCGAGGAGGCUGCCAAACCAGAUAGCCACGCGAUGGUCGGCGGUGACGACAGGACCAGAGUAUCAGCUGAGGGCAGUGGCAGCUCAGCGCAGUCUACCGAUGCUCCCAAGGACCCGCUGGGUGGAGCCAAGCCGCCCGAGACCCUGGCCACCUGCGAGAUCAACCGCGAGGCAUCAGGCCGAAUCCGGCCAGUCUGUAGGUUUAUUCGCCAGCUGCCGAUGGUGCCGUCGUUCAGCAAGCCGUUCUCGGGCGUGCGGCGCACUGCCGGUGGCGAUCCAAAGUCGGAGCGGGCCGGAGUCUUCAAGGACCUGGUUCUGAAGAGCAGACUUGCAGAUGUCUAUGAUAUCUCGGGAGCCAAGUGCGUUAGUCAUAACCGCGGCAAAGACGAUAUUGCGUCGUGCCAGAGAGACCCGAAUAGCCCAGAGUUUUAUAUUGCAAUUGAUGGCGGAGCAGAUGGCGUCAGAGGCGAGCAGUCGGAGCGGUCUGUUAUUGUUGAGGGCGAAGAUCCCGACAAGGAGUUUGAGGAGGAACGCAGUCUGAUGCACCAUGACACCGCAUCAAAACUGCCUGAGGUCAACAUCAUAUGAGCUUCAGCUAGAUCGCUCAGCACUUGGCGGCUGGGCAUACCAGCUGAACCCAACGCGCAGUCGGGGUAGAGGAUGGCCUUCAUCCGGGUAGCUGGGGUUUAUUAGUUUAUUAGCCAACACUUGUCAUGGAAAAAGAAAGGAGCAUGGUCAUCAUUGGGGCUGGGCCAACCGACACCCGGCCUAUAUGCCACAUAUGCAAAA